AUGUUCAGUGGCUCCUCGAGCCCACCCAAAGACAAGACCGACGCCGCCCCAGUUCCCGGAAUUGAAACGAGCACCCUGAGCAUCCAGCCCGAAAACGCCAGUCCCCGCGACAAGAGGUUCACCCCUCCCGGCGCCGGAUUCUUUAGCCGUCGGCAGAGCGACCAGGAGGGUCCCGCAGGUGAUAAGAAGCGUCGCAGUAGUACUGUCACUAAAGCGGCGAGCUUCUUCAGCAACGCCAAAAACUCACUGAGUCUGAACGGUACGCGCGAGUCUUUCUCGGCCAUCAGUACUAGUCCGUCAGGUUCAGAGAGCCCCCUCCAACGGCUGGGCAAGAUGGACCCGGCUCUGAGCGUCCCGCAAGGGUCCCUUAACAACUCUGCUGGAGAAUCGGUACCAACACCGCGAUCAUCCUUCCGCGUGGGUGUGACAGAAGACCGGAACCGAAAAUGCCGCCGUACUAUGGAAGAUACACAUGCCUACCUCUACAACUUUCUCGGUACUCCCUCCCCCACAGCGCCUGGCCUAAACGGCAAUGACCCUGCCGGGACCGCGAGCGAGUCACAGGCGUCGGAAGAUUCGUCAAGCGUGGUAGAAACAGACAAUGGCUACUUUGCGAUCUUUGAUGGGCAUGCUGGCACCUUCGCGGCAGAGUGGUGCGGCAAGAAGCUGCAUUUGAUUCUCGAGGAGAUCAUGCGAAAGAGCCCGAGCACCCCUGUUCCCGAACUUCUCGACCAGACGUUUACCAGCGUCGACCAGCAGCUGGAGAAGCUGCCCCUCAAGAACAGCGGGUGUACGGCCGUUACUGCUGUACUCCGCUGGGAGGACCGUGUGCCCAGCUCACAAUCGGCCACUGGAUCAGCUGGUCUUGCUUCUGCGGCCGCGGCCGCUGCGGGCAAGAGCGACGCCAACUCCAGCGCCAAUGAUACUCCGACCCAAGACACGCCCUCUGGAUCGAUUUCCAAGUUGCAGGAGAAGGCCCAGCGCCAUCGCGUUCUGUACACGGCUAACGUUGGCGAUGCGCGCAUCGUGUUGUGCCGCAGCGGCAAGGCCCUACGUUUGUCAUACGAUCACAAGGGCAGUGACGAGAACGAAGGCAAGAGGAUUUCCAACGCUGGCGGCUUGAUCCUCAACAACCGCGUCAACGGUGUGCUUGCAGUCACUCGUGCCCUUGGUGAUGCCUAUCUCAAGGAUUUGGUCACCGGGCACCCGUACACAACCGAGACUGUCAUCCAGCCUGAUGCAGAUGAGUUUAUCAUUUUGGCCUGCGACGGGUUGUGGGAUGUUUGCAGCGACCAGGAAGCCGUUGAUCUGAUUCGCAGAGUACAGGAUGCCCAGCAUGCGUCCAAGAUCCUCGUCGACCAUGCCCUCGCGCGUUUCAGCACUGAUAACCUCUCUUGUAUGGUUAUCCGGCUUGAUUCAACCCGGCAUAAGAAAGUCGUCAACAACAAGACGGAGCUGAUUGGUGUAGAUGGUGACCCGGCUACGAAUGUGGCUCGCGGUGUGAGUGAAGCUGAUAAGAUCGUGGAGGGAGCGCGGAGAAGCAUGGCCGAUGCAGGAAUAAAUGAUCCAGAAUCUGCUGAAAAGGCUGGUCAAGAGAUCCUUCAGAAAAUGGCCAGCAGUGACCAAGAGCUUGGGCCCGAGGUGUCCACCUCGUAUCACGAUCUCCCAUCAGUGGAUAUUCUGAGCUCGACGAAUGGCCCCCGGGAAACCAAGUGA